GCUCGGGCCGGAGACCGUGGAGCGGCGUGGCGCUGCCGCUCGGAAGUCGGGAUCCCGGCCGGCACGCGGUGUCCAGGGAAGCCAAAGGAGGUCUGGGCUCGGGCUCGGCGGCAGCUGCUGAAAGAACUCGCGCUUAAGUUUCGAGGAGGCUUUUCGUUUCUUGUUGGGAAGUCCCCUCUUCCCGAGGUGCGGGUGCGGAGGGCUCCCCGGGGUCUGCGGCCGGAGGGAAUGAAGGUGGCCCCCGAACCCGAGCGGCCGCGUCCCACCCCCGUCUGCUCGGAAGGCUUUUUAUUCGUUGUCUCAUUCUCCGCGCUCUUUCCUCCAAUCUGUUUGACUUACUAACUUUUCUCUAAACACCAACUACGGCUCUAAUAAUUUUUUAGUAUUAAAAAAAAAAUCUACCCCCCCUCCCCCGCAAUAAAAAGCAGCCAAGAGAGAGCUUUGUUUUUCUGUCAUUUUUAGAUGCAGCCACUUCCCGCCCUCACCCUCCAAAACCGAGCCAGGGGGAUGAAACGAAAUGAGGGUAAAAUCUAGAAGUCCUUACCGUGUAAAGGCAUCAGAUGCCAGCUCUGAAAAACUCUUCAAUACUGUUAUUGUAAACAAAGAUCCGGAGUUAGCUGUUGGCACGCUCCCGGAACAUGACGGCCAGGAUGCAGGGCCGAUUGUCCCCAAGAUAUCGGGUCUAGAGAGAAGCCAGGAGAAGAGCCAGGACUGUUGCAAAGAGCCGAUCUUUGAGCCCCUGGUGCUUAAAGACCCCUGCCCUCAGGUCCCUCAGCCGCUGCCCCAGCCCCAGGCGGAGCCCCAGCUGCGAGCUCCUUCUCCAGACCCCGACCUGGUGCAGCGCACAGAGGCCCCGCCUCAGCCCCCACGUCCAAGCACACAGCCGCCACAGGCGCCCCCAGAGGCCCAGCUUCAGCCCGCCCCUCAGCCUCCAGUGCAGAGGCCGCCGAGGCCUCAGUCCCCUGCCCAGCUGCUCCAUCAGAGCCUCCCGCCUGUGCAGGCCCACCCCUCGUCCCAGAGCCUCUCCCAGCCAUUGUCCGCCUACAACAGCAGUAGCUUAAGCCUCAACAGCUUAAGUAGCAGAAGCAGCACUCCAGCAAAGACUCAGCCCGCCCCUCCUCACAUCUCUCACCACCCCUCGGCCUCCCCGUUCCCCCUCGCACUGCCCAACCACAGCCCCCUGCACAGCUUCACGCCCACCCUCCAGCCCCCCGCACACUCACAUCACCCCAAUAUGUUUGCCCCUCCCACGGCUUUGCCUCCUCCACCGCCUCUGACUUCAGGGAGUCUGCAGGUCCCCGGACACCCGGCCGGAAGCACUUACUCAGAGCAAGACCUCUUGCGACAGGAACUGAACACACGCUUUCUGGCCUCUCAGAGUGCUGACCGUGGGGCGGCCCUGGGCCCUCCGCCCUACCUGCGGACCGAGUUCCACCAGCACCAGCACCAGCACCAGCACACACACCAGCACACGCACCAGCACACCUUCACGCCGUUCCCCCACGCCAUCCCGCCCACCGCCAUCAUGCCGACUCCAGCACCUCCCAUGGUGCGUACCCCAGGCCGAAAUUUUGACAAAUACCCUACAAAAGUUGACCCAUUCUACCGGCACAGUCUCUUCCAUUCCUACCCUCCUGCAGUAUCGGGCAUCCCCCCUAUGAUUCCACCCACUGGCCCUUUUGGUUCACUACAAGGAGCAUUUCAGCCGAAGGUAAGCAACCUGACUGUGAAAACACACAGGCAUCUUUACAAGCAGAGCCUCAGGCGAGGUGGCCGGGUGGGUUCUACAGCCUCUCGCCUGCCAGUGGCUAAUUUUUCUAAUCCAAAGUGACCAUCGGGAUUAGAGGGAGAGUAUUUUUUUUUCUUUUUUUUUUUUUGCUAGCCCCUUGAGUUUUAAACCUCAGCCCGAAUUUAAUUUUCAAUCUGUACUACCCAUGUAAUCUCAGUUGAGCUAGGAUUUCCUGUAAUCUUUAAGAUACACAGAAGACAUAGAUGUAUUUUUUUUCCACCAGUAUUGUGGACAAAAGCUUCUGGCCAGGAGAUGUACGAAAUGUCAGAUUCGUGUGCACCAACUUGUCCUUGCGGUAUAUAUUAUUAGCA